AUGGCACCCCAAGAUUCUUUCAUAGAAGAAGAAGAAGAUGUCUGUCCUCUUUGCAUUGAAGAAUUUGAUUUGUCAGAUCGAAACUUUCGACCUUGCCCGUGUGGCUACCAGGUCUGCCAGUUUUGUUUCAAUAACAUCAAGAAUAAUAUGAACGGCCUAUGUCCUGCGUGUCGACGACCUUACGAUGAAAAAACUAUACAGUGGAAAGUCGUGACGACAGAAGAAGUUGCCGAAUUCCGUGCUAAUAUACAAAAAAACCAAAGAAAGCGAGUUCAAGAACAACGUCAAAAGGAGGCUCAGAAACGCGAGGCCGAGAAAGAGAAUCGCAAGAACCUUAUUGGAGUACGUGUUGUGCAGAAGAAUCUGGUUUAUAUUACAGGUCUAGCACCCACCGUUCGUGAAGAUGAACUCCUUAAGACCCUCAGGAAGCCCGAGUUCUUCGGUCAAUACGGAGCUAUUCAAAAGAUUUCAAUUAGUAAUCGAAAGAGCUCAGAUGGUCAACAUCAUUCGUUGGGCAUCUACGUCACUUUUGAAAAGCCCGAAGAAGCAACUCGAUGCAUUCAAGCAGUCCAUGGGUCACAGAAUGGGGAUAGGAUAUUGAAAGCUCAAUAUGGAACGACGAAAUAUUGUUCAGCAUGGCUCAAGAAUGAAAAAUGCAAUAAUCCAGGCUGUAUGUUCCUACACGAGCAAGGCGAUGAAGAGGAUAGCUACACGCGCCAAGAUCUAUCAUCUAUGAACGGCAUCCACACACAAAGGCCGCUACCCAGCGGAAACAAUGGCUCCUUCCGUACAACCCCUCGGCAACAGGUCUCACAACCAACCUUAACGUCCAUGUCACAGCCCAUGGCACGGUCUUCGAGCAAAGAUGGCUCAGAUUAUGGACUAGAUGGGUCUGCCUUGCCUUCGUCAGCCAAUUGGGCGCGAAAUCCUCAGCGAAGCCGGAGAGGCAGUCAUGCAACCAGCGGCGCUCCUUCUAGUCCUGCUGUUUCAGCCUCCUUACCUACAACGACGGAGGUUGCCCAAGAAGCCGUGGAAGAUACUGAAACCUCCUCCCCUGCAUCUCGGCCGCUGGAAGAUGAUAAAGCGUCAAGUAAAGAUCCUACUGAAGAAUCACAGGAACUGCCGCCAAAGAGCUCGCUGGCGACCAUUCUGCAUGCGCUACAGAACUGCACAUUUUCAAGCUUUGUUACCCCACAGGCGAAUGAACUAGACCCUCCGUUGUUCGAUAUUCGAGGUGGCGAAAAACGAAAAGCAAUGCGUGAGGAUGACGACGCCCGAAUUAGCGGUGACCAGAAGAAUGCCGCAGAGGGCCAAGUCCAUUCGGAGAGCGAGGCGGAGACUGGUGGCAGCCUUGCUCUUGGUGGCGAGCCAGAAGAGCGAGAUAUGGCUGGCGAUGGGCAAGCAUUUGAGCACCGACACAUCAGCACAUUCCCCCCUAUUCAAAGGAGCAAUGCCGAUACUUUAUUCGGCCCUGCUCUUAGUGGCUCGAAUUUCAACCCUGGUACAAACCAGAUGGGGCGAGGCAUCAACCCUCAGCAGCUGAUUUCACUUCGGCCUCAGUCAGGAUUCGGCGAACAAGUUCCUUCUAACCUGUCCGGCCAGACUACAUUCCCAAGUCAAGGUCAUAAUCGUCAAUCAUCUCGAUUUAGCUUUAUGGCUGAUAGCCCGCCAGCAGCAACCAAUCUCAAAUUCACCGCGAACCCUAGAGUAAUGGGCCAGCAGUCGUCAAUGCUACCUGCCUCGUUACAAUCCUCGGGCAACAGUCACUUUUUCGGGAGCUCUAUGCCUGCCCCUCCACCUGGACUGAAGUCCACUAAUACGCCACCGAACGUUUUCGGCCAAGGAUUUGGUGGUUCAGCAUUCGGCACUGCGACGAAAGAUUCGUCCGGCGAUUUACUGCAGAGUUUAAUUGGCAGAAGCCGAGGCGGCGGUAGCCAGCCUCAUGAUGGUGGAAAGCGUGAGUACAUGAUUUCUUCUUUUUCUAAUCAGUAUCCACCACCCUCAACCUCUACCCCUGCUCCUACUUCUGGCCUUUUGGCAUCGCUCUACGGUAACCACCCCGGAGCAUUCCAAGACUUUGGCUCGAAGCAGAAGAAGAAGGGGAAGAAGCAUAGACAUGCUAACACUUCCUCCUCUGGGGGGAGUGGUCUAGUGGAUCUUGCGGACCCGAGUAUACUGCAGGCGAGGAUGCAGCACCAAUCGCAAAGCAACACCGGAGUCAAUCAAGGAGUUUUUAGCGGUCAGAGCCAAGACAAUGACUUUCAAUUAUCAGACGAAGCCAAAUUAUCAGUGGACGCACUCGUCUCAGACGAUUCGUCACCGACGGUAACUAACGCCGAGCCCCGUUUUCACCAAACUUCCUACUUAAGUAUAUCCGAGGUGCCCAAUCCCAUAGAUAUACAGAUCCAGGGCCAGCUACAGAGUGCGCAAGUGCCGCUGGCUAUGCGACCUGUUCCACCCCCUGGUUUGGUUAAUGAGCCAAUUCUGUCCAAGAAAACGGCUCCACAAUCGAAUGUACUUGACCAAGAUGUAGAUCUCCGCACCAAAUCCAACGCGGCAAAAGACCCUGUGCCUGCUGCAGUGAUUGGUUCUUGGCCUGCACCAACCAAAGGGCCUAUACUCGAAGACGAAGAUUUCCCUGCUUUAGGUACACCAAGAUUGAACGAGGCUUUAGGUGCUGGUACCGGCUCCAUUUCCGCUAAAGCUGCCAUGUUGAAAGCCGUACCAUCAGCAAAGAAAUCUCAUGAAAACUUUUCAGAGAGCCCGCGAGAAGAUCAAAGAGAUGGUCUUUACACAGAAUUUCAAUCUACAAAAGGCAGCCAGCUUAAAUCCUUGACACAGUCUGCUCCGAACUCUGGAGCUACUCUCUUCCAACCAAAAGAAGGGGCUGAAGGGUUGGAUGAGUUUGCCGAAACCUCAAGAUUUCCGCCUUUGCCUACUCCUUCUGGAGCUGGUAGUGCCACGGUCAUAACAUCAUCGCGAGGCAUGCCGAAAACGUUGAGAGUAGUUCCUUCAUCAAUAAAGAUUGAAGCUCGCUCAGCUUCACCGUCACCGGCCCCCAUCUCCAGCGCGGUGUCUGCGCCGGCGAAGCCAGGAAACUCGCACCGACCUGGCACUCCAGCUAGCGAAAUGAUUAGUGACACCGCCUCUAUCACUUCAGUCUCAGUUUCCAUCUCCCGGGCUGGAUCCCCUCCCCUCACCAAAAUUGGCAGUGCUCCAGUACGAGGAACCACAAAAAGUCAACAGCGCAAGCAGCGUAAAGAUGUUUUGAAACAAGAAACAAAGAUUUUGGCUGAAACACCCAAGACAGAAACAACGGAACACGCCCCUGUGAUUGGAAGGAAGAAAAAACAGAAGAAGGAAAAGACUCCCAAAGAAGCCAAUGCUUCAUCUUCAGCAGCAACUCCUAUCGAACCGCCCAGAGAAGAAAUGGAAACACAUUCCAAGGGCAAUAGAAAGCCAACAACGGACGAUAAUCACCUAGGAGACUCGAAAAUAGAGGGCACGAGAUAUAGUCACGGUGGCACUCCAAGCUCUGGGAGCUCGGAGAAAGAGAUACAAGAAACAGCCACUGCGCUACCCGUAUCAUCCUUGCCUGGGACAUCUGAAUCAGCCGAUAAAGCUCUGGAAAGGCCACAAUCCAGCCCCGCAUCUGUCUUUGCUGAUAUCAAAGAAUCUCUCUGGACUGCUGCUAUAGAUAAAUUGCAACUAUUGAAGCCUGUCUCGAGCAUUUCAUCCAGGCUAGACAACAAUGCCUCAAAUACCAUAGGUAAAAAAGAGGAUUGCAAAGAAUGUUCCUGCAGAUGCGGCGAGAUGCAAGACGCUGAUCUUGCUGCACUGCGUGCCGGGAGGCCGGUGCGUAAGCAAUUCCAUACAGACGGCAGCCGCAUGCUGAUCACGCCUCACGGAGAUUGCAUCCGUGGGCUAACUCCAGAAGAAGAGGAUACAUUCCUAGCCCUCCAAACGGCCAUUGCUGCGACGGCUGAGAAUCCUGCAGCGUUUGUGGCACCAAGGCAUCAGCCGAGCAGCGGGGCAUUUUCACUCAUUAAGGGUCGAGCAGUCCCGAAUGGACGGCCGAAUAUUUUCCCUUCUACUGUUCAGCCGCAAUCGCAAGAUCCUAUCGGCAAGCUCCAGCGAGAGGAUGCCCUGAGCUACAUCAAUCAGUAUGUGCUGCCCAGACUAAGCCUCGGUGCUACUAGCAUGGGGUUUCCCAAAGGGGCUUCUUCGACUCGAGACACUGCGAGCCUUAAUUCUCUGGCACCAUACUUUUACGGCCCAGAUGCUGCUGCCGGAGUAGGGAUCUACAGCACACCAGAAAGUGCUCGAGCUAUACAAGAUUUUGCAGCUCCAGGAAUGUCUCUGGAUGAAAUUAGUAAAGGCGCGGCUGCAAGUUCAAUUGGAAACAUGCCGCUAAUGAGCGUUGAGGAUGCGGAGGCUGCUUUGAUAGCAGCAAAGAGAGAGACCGAGAAGCUUGAAAAAGGCCUGAAUUCGGUUAUUAAGCGAAACCGCAGGCUAUUACUAGGUGCCUGA